AUGACCGGCAAUUUUCUCCGGAAACCCCUCUCAUUCAAGAUCGCCGUUUUCUUCUUCAUCACCGUCACAUUCUUCUACUUCGGCAAGCACUGGUCCGAUGGCUACCAGCAGCUCGUAUUCUUCACCACCCAACGCUCCGACCCGGAUCCGAACCCCAGCCCGGUCGUUUCCACGUCGCCGAAUUACGCCAAAUCAUUUAACCCCUCCGCCCUAAUUGACCAGAACAUCACCCAACUGGCGCCGGAAAAUGCGCCGCCGCCGGAGGGGCCAAUCAAGCAACUUGGGAUCGUGACCGAUAAUGGCACGAUGUCAGAUGAGUUCGAGGUGGAGGAUUUCCAACUGGGUAUGGUGGAUCAGAGGGUGAACGAGACCCAGGUUGGGAAAGAAGGCCCUUCUUCUGAUUUUGAAUUGGGGAUUAAGAAGUUUGGGUUGUGCCCGCUCGAGAUGAAAGAGUAUAUACCUUGUUUGGAUAAUGAGGACGCGAUUCGGAAGCUGCCUUCCACUGAGAAAGGAGAGAGGUUCGAGCGGCAUUGCCCUGAACAAGGUCAAGGAUUGAAUUGCUUGGUUCCUGCACCCAAUGGGUACCGUACCCCUAUUCCAUGGCCCAGAAGCCGAGAUGAGGUAUGGUUCAAUAAUGUUCCUCAUACACGUCUUGUUGAAGAUAAAGGAGGCCAAAACUGGAUUUCUAGAGACAAGGAUAAGUUUAAAUUCCCCGGAGGUGGCACUCAGUUUAUACAUGGGGCAAAUGAAUACUUGGACCAUAUUGCUAAGGUUAUUAAGUUGUUGUGCUUGUAUGCUUUGAUUUUGGUUUCACCUUACCUUUCUGCUGGGAAAGUGUAG